AUGCUUACAAACUCCAAAAAAAGAAAAUUAAAUGUGUCUUCAAACUCCAUUGAAAUCGAACGUGGUGAAACAUCUACAGUGCAAAAAAAAGUAAGAGUAAAACAGACGAACGGUGCUGUGUCCGUGGAAUGCAAGAUUAUGCCAGACGAAGAAAUGAUGCAGUCAAUGGUGAUGUGGUUAAGGACCCACUCGUCGUCUGUCAGUAACACUCCAAAAAUCGUCAAUUAUUACAUGGAAGAAACAUUCGUCUACCGGGAAAUCCAGCAAAACAAAAACAAGUUUCAGUGUGCCAGUGACGUUCUUAAAGAAAAUCCCCGUUACGUUGACGUUGAGGAGGGUUUGUUGAUCCUUCAGGAUUUUAAACGAAAGUAUCCUGCCAGCGAUCCGGCUGCCCUAAACAAAAGAUUUUUAUCUAAAUUUUCAUCUUCUUUGGUGAAAUUGGCCAAAAGGAAGGGAGAAUCUAUUCCGAAAUGCAGUGAUGAAUGUUUAAGAUCCCUGGUAUUAACUCUUCAGUUACUGCCAAGUGUCAACAACGUUAAGAAAGCCAGCUUUGACUCAAAACUAGGUCGCCUUUUCCUCUUUGUAAAGGAAAAUGAAUGCAUUUCAACCUUGGCUGAAAAGAAAGAUUCUACAUACCAUAAGCAGCCAUUCCUUGUUGUCACCGGGACGAUGGAGCACCCUAUUUCUUUCAAUUUGGUGAUUGACAAAACUGUAAUUCCUCUAGGAUGUGAAUGUUCUAGAGCAUUUAAUGUUUUAUUUGCUUCUUUUUUCAUUUUUCGUCUUGAAUAUCCUAAGUAUUUAGACAAAUUCUUCAUUUUUUUCGAACAGUUUGUUUUCGAGAUUUUCUUGAGUAAAAAUAACAAAAUAAGCGCAUCAAAUCAAGAUUUUGUCAACGUCCUCGAACACAUUGCAGGUGAUGAGGCUUUUAAUUCCUGAAUUAGAUCACACGCCUUAAUGUUAUCGUCUCUCGUUCUUCAACUCAUAUGGAAUGACUUUCGAUGUGAUUUUAUGGAUUGUUUCAUAAUCAGGCCAACUUCCUCUACUUAUAAUACCACCAAUCAGUUUUUAAUCAUUAAAACGUAGUAGUCUUCUGUAUGUGUAUCCCAAUCCAGAUUCUUUUUGUACGAAUGACGUAAUGUUUUCAAAAAAGACACUUUGUUGGAUCAAA